CGCAGGUGAGCGGCGGGGCAGGGCGGGGCGCAGCUUCGUUUCGGUGCCCGGGCGCCGCUGAGGCCACUCGCAGACACAGGCCACAAUCGUGCCCUAGGGAGACUGCGGUGACCCCCGAGUCAUGGCCCGCUCGGCCUGCGGGUUCUCAGUCGCUCUGCUGGGGACCCUGCUGCUGGGCACCGCGUGCCUGCUGCGCGGGACAGAAGCAUCUGAGAUUGCUCUGCCCCGUGGAAGUGACAUUACAGUGCACAUCAAGCUGGUGAGCCCAGCCCUUCCAGUGAAAUUCUGCUACAUCGUCGUGUCUAGACAGCAUGUGACUGAGUUGACUAUCAGACCUGGAGAAAGAAAGUCUUUUACCUUUAGCUGCAACAAUCCAGAGAAGCACUAUGUCUUGAAGAUUGAGAAGAAUAUUGACUGCAUGUCAGGCCCGUGUCCUUUUGGAGAGGUUCGUCUUCAGCCAUCCAAAUCAGAACUGCCCAUCCUCAACAGAACCUACAUCUGGGACGUCAGAGCUCAUAAGAGCAUUGGCCUGGAGCUGCAAUUUGCAACCCCUCGACUGAGGCAGAUUGGGCCAGGAGAGAGCUGUGCAGAUGGGGUAACCCACUCCAUCAGUGGCCACAUAGAUGCCACCGAGGUCAGGAUUGGGACCUUCUGCAGUAACGGCACCGUGUCCCGGAUCAAGAUGCAAGAGGGUGUCAAGAUGGCCUUACACCUGCCCUGGUUCCACCCCAGGAACAUCUCAGGCUUCAGUAUUGCAAAUCGAUCGUCUAUCAAACGCCUGUGCAUCAUUGAGUCAGUAUUUGAGGGUGAAGGCUCAGCAACCCUGAUGUCAGCCAACUACCCAGGAGGCUUCCCUGAAGAUGAGCUUAUGACCUGGCAGUUUGUUGUCCCUGCACACCUAAGGGCCAGCGUCUCCUUCCUUAACUUCAACGUCUCCAACUGUGAGAGGAAGGAAGAGCGUGUUGAGUACUAUAUCCCAGGAUCCACCACCAACCCGGAGGUGUUCAGGCUGGAGGACCAGCAGCCAGGAAAUAUGGCUGGGAACUUCAACCUCUCCCUGCAAGGCUGUGACCAGGAUGCCCAGAGCCCAGGAAUCCUUCGACUCCAGUUUCAGGUCCUGGUCCAACGUCCACAGAAUGAAAGCAAUAUAACCUACAUGGUGGACCUGAGUCAAGAGCGAACCAUGUCGCUCACCAUCGAGCCGCGGCCAGUCAAACAUGGCCGAAGGUUUGUUCCUGGGUGUUUCGUGUGUCUAGACUCUCGGACUUGUAGUACCAAUGUCACCCUGACGGCUGGCUCCAAACACAAGAUUUCCUUCCUGUGUGAUGACUUGGCUCGCCUGUGGAUGAAUGUGGAGAAAACCCUAAGCUGUCUGGACCACCGCUACUACUACGGGAAGUCCUUCAACCUGCAGGUGCCUAAGGACAUCCUCCAGCUGCCUGUGCAGCUGCAUGACUUCUCCUGGAAGCUACUGGUGCCCAAGGACAGGCUCGGCCUUAUGCUGGUGCCAGGCCAGAAGCUACAGCAGCAUACACGAGAGAGGCCUUGUAACACCAGCUUUGGUUACCAGGUGGCCAGCACCACCCCUGGCCAGGACCUGUACUUUGGUUCCUUCUGCCCAGGAGGCUCCAUCGAGAAGAUCCAGGUGAAGCAAAAUAGCUCGGUGACACUGCGAACCUAUGCCCCCGGCUUUCAACAAGAAGUCUCCAAGCAAGUCCUGACAGUGUCUUUAAUACCAUACUUCAAAGAGGAAGGCAUCUUCACCGUGACCCCAGACUCAAAAAACAAGGUCUACCUGAGAUCACCCAACUGGGACCGUGGCCUGCCUGCCCUCUCCUCAGUGUCUUGGAACAUCAGCGUGCCAAGCAACCAAGUGGCUUGUCUGACCUUCUUCAGAGAGCGUUCUGGCUUGGCCUGUCAGUCAGGGCGAGCAUUCAUGAUCAUCCAGGAGCAGCAGACCCGGGCAGAGGAGAUCUUCAGCCUGGAGGAGGAAGUGCUGCCUAAGCCAAGUUUCCACCAUCACAGUUUCUGGGUUAACAUCUCCAAUUGCAGCCCCAUGAAUGGCAAGCAGUUAGAUUUGCUCUUCUGGGUGACUCUUACCCCAAGGACUGUGGAUUUGACUGUCAUCAUUGGUGCAGCAGGAGGCGGAGCUCUGCUGCUGUUUGCCCUGGGGCUCAUCAUCUGCCUUGUGAAAAAGAAGAAGAAGGUGGACAAGGGUCCUGCUGUGGGUAUCUAUAAUGGCAAUGCCAAUACCCAAAUGCCCCAGACUCAAAAGUUUCAGAAAAGGCGAAAGGACAAUGACUCCCAUGUGUAUGCUGUCAUCGAAGACACCAUGGUGUAUGGGCACCUGCUGCAGGACUCGGGUGGAUCCUUCAUCCAAGCAGAGGUGGACACCUAUCGGCCCUUCCAGGGCCCCAUGGGAGACUGCCCCCCCACGCCACCCCCUAUAUUCUCCAGGACCCCAACUGCAAAGUUCACUGCAGACAAGCUGGCUCCUAGUAGCCCUCCUGAGUCUGAGAGUGAACCCUACACUUUCUCGCACCCCAACAAGGGGGAAGUAGGUGUCAGGGAUACUGGCAUCCCCUUACUUAACAUCCAAGGACCAAUGGAGACUGAAGAGUAAUUCAGCCCCUUUCCAAAGACUUUGCUGAGACAAUAGCACCAGGCAUUGAGAAAUGAAGAACUGUCCCAUCCAGAAGUCAGAGGGAAGUGCGAUCAGCUAGAAGGAAUUUUGCAAGGUGCCAUCAACUCCUGGUUUUCUGGUGGACUGCUUCCAGUGAUGAGCAAAUCAUGGCUUCUGAUGGGGACACCGUCCUAAAGCUCAGGCCUUCCUGAACUCAGGUUGUGUUGGGGCUGGCCACAGGGACAGAAGAGAGACACGAUCCACCCAGACAGGACUACAGUGAGCCCUGAAUGCCUAGAUUCCCAAUGACAAGCAGACUGACUCCCAGGCUCUCCACUUGAGGUUUCCACUCUCACUGGAGUCCUAUGGAUGAAAAUGACAAUGUGCCUUAUUUUUUAUUAGUAGUAGUCAUAUUUGUUUGGCAGUCCUACUGUGUGCUUUUAAAAAGUUGGAUGUGGAGCUGGGGGUGUGGCUCAGUUGGUAGAGUGCUUACCUAACAUGCACAAAGUUCUGGCCUCCGUGCUCAGCACGGCAUAAAAGCAGGCAGAAUGGUACACACCUGUAAUCUCAGGCGGAUCAGAACUUCAAGUCAUCAUCAAGCAUGAACUGAGUUGGAGGCCCUCCUGGUCCGUAUAAGAUCCUCUUGAGAACACGCACAGCUUUUUUUGACCGCUGUAGUAAUAGCUUGUGCUAACUGGUCUGGACAGCCAUGCUUUGGUUUUUGCAAACCACUUGGUAAAUGUGCACCUGUCAGGGAGAUUGACAUCUACCCAGCCAGAAGAGUAUCUGCAUGUAUGUAUCUCUUAUGCACUAAGAGAUUUCCCAAUCCUCCCUGACUGCAUACAGCUGCCCCACUGCAGAAUUGAUCACAGAUCCCCUCGUUCCUUACUCCGAGAAAUAAGAGAAAUUUCCUUGAGCUGCCCUGUGUGGUGUGUGACUCUCCCAACUGCAGCAAUACUUUGACAUGUAAACAGAAAAUUUGAGAGUAACUUGAUCCUUUGAAAAUAUAUAAAUAUAGAUGGUGGUUGUACCUUUAAUCCCAGAACUCAGGAGACAGAGGCAGGCAUAUCUCGGUGAGUUUGAGGCCACCCUGGACUAUAUAGUGAGUCCUAGGACAGUCAGGGUUCUAGAAACCCAGUUACACAGAGAAACCCUUUCUUGACAAAACAAAACAAAACAAAAAACAAAAAGAAAAAUGAAAUACUGUAAUACACACACACACACACACACACACACACACACACACCAGUGACCGUCUGUAUCAAUUUCAUGGUAUUACUACAGCACGUCUUUGAUGGCUUAAAAACAGCAUCAAUACAGUUCUAGAGAAUUCCCAAACUAGCUUGCCUGAACUAAAAUCAGGGUGUCAGUAAAGCUGUGCUUCCAAGGCUCUCAGAAUCCCCUUGCCUUUCCCAGCAUCUAUAAGCAUCCAUGGCCGGGCGAGUCUCUCUCGGUAUGGCUGGUCACUAAUUGAACUACUUGACACUUUCACUUGCAGAUCCAAUGUAGUUCCCAUGUCAGCAGCCUUAACUUAAUCACCAGGGGGCAGUCCCUUUACUGUGUGUCAGGUACAACAUCCACUGGCUGGGAGGUGUGAGCAUCUCUAAAAGUAAGAGGAGGACACCUGCUUCUCCCACCCUCCUGCCACUGGUACUCGAAGGAGACCGUACAAAAUGACCCAGCAUAAAAAGUGUUUGGUUGAGCCUGUUGAUAUUUUUUUUAAGUUUUAAAUUUAUUUUUCCUAAAAUUCCAUCCCAAAGGACUUGUUCAUGCUGGAUGAAUAUCCUUGACCAGAGAUGCCCAGCUAAAGUCACUCACAGGUGACUCUGCCCCUCAAAUAGGACAUCCAGGAUAAAUUAGUCCCCAUCUUGCCUGGUUGCCUUUACUCUGAGGCUAUGUGCUUGUGGCUUAGGUUGACACUGAAUUGUACAAAAAGCAAAGGAGGAGUUUCCAUCACUUACAGAGUGAGGAGACAGCAAAAGUUCCUCUUGCUAUGAUGUAGAGGGGAAACCACAGUAGUGUAGACUACACACAGAGUUCAGGACUCUGGCAAGCCUUCUCCAAGAAGUAAGUCUGAUUCACGAUGCUCAGGGAAUUGACCUUAGAAAGGCUACAUCUUGCUCUUGCAGCCUCUGAGACAGAGCUCCUGGCCCUUUUGAGCUCUCUCCAACAAGGAGAGGGUUCACUUUCGUCUAACUCCUUUCCAGGAGAGAAGGUUGUCUCUUACCCAGCUACCCAAGGUGCUGAUAACCCUCCAUGAAGGGCCAGGGACAACUGUGGCUCCUUCCAUCACCUGGAAUCACCAUGCUGAGCCUCUCCAAUGCCUUCUCCCUUCAAGCACCCCUUGAGGAGACAGUCAGUCUCACAUGUUGGUUCUUACUGUGUGUCAGCUCAGUACCCUUCUACCUUGGCUCUGCUGAGGGCAUGUGGCUGUGUAUGGAAGGAAAAGGUUAACUCUUCCAUGGGGACAAGCCAAAGUCCAUCAGCUGUAACCGCAGUACAGGUUGGAGGACCAGUCUGUGGAUCUGCAAAGCGCAUAUGAAAAUUAUUUAUUUAAUGACAGAUAACAUCUUAUCCAUUUACUUUUAUAAAUAAACAGAUUUAUAAAU